AUGCAAACGACUAAGCCAUCUAAUCUCUGUCCGAAAGAAUCAGUCUGUUUAGCAGGGUCGGGGCGAGAAGUUCAUCUCAGCCUCUCGCAAAUGUCGAGAGUGAUUCCUACUAAACGGUUCCUGGUUCGCACGUCCGUUACGCCCUACCAAUACCUCAUAAAUAAUGUACUAUUCCGUUUUGAUCACCAUUCCGUUUUUUAUCUAUCUAUCUAUCUAUCUAUCUAUCUAUCUAUCUAUCCCAAGCCUGUUUAUCUAAGUCUGUUUAUCUAUCUCAGUCUGUUCAUUAUCUAUCUAUUUAUCUAUCUAUCUAUCUAUCUAUUUAUCUAUCUAUCUAUCUAUCUAUCUCAGUCUUUUCAUUAUCUAUCUAUCUAUCUAUCUAUCUUUAUCUAUCUCAAUCUUUUUUAUCUAUUCUGUCUUAUCAAUUAUCUAUCUAUCUCAUCUGUUCAUUAUCAAUCUAUCUAUAUUUAUCUAUCUCAGUCUUUCAUUAUCUAUCUAUCAAUCUAUCUAUCUGUUCUUAUCUAUUCAUUAUCAAUCUAUCUAGAUAUUUAUCUGAUCUAUUUCAUUUUUCUAUCUAUCAAUCUAUCUAUCUAUCUAUCUAUUCUAUCUAAUCUAUCUCAUAUUUGUUCAGAUCUAUUCAUUAUCUAUCUAUCUAUCUAUCUAUCUAUCUAUCUAUCUAUCUCAGUCUUUUCAUUAUCUAUCAAUCUAUCUAUCUAUCUUAGUCUAUUCAUUAUCAAUCUAUCUAGAUAUUUAUCUGAGUCUGUUCAUUAUCUAUCUAUCUAUCUAUCUAUCUAUCUAUCUAUCUAUCUAUCUCAGUCUUCAUUAUCUAUCUAUCAAUAUAUCUAUCUUAGUCUAUUCAUUAUCAAUCUAUCUAGAUAUUUAUCUGAGUCUGUUCAUUAUCUAUCUAUCUAUCUAUCUAUCUCAGUCUUCAUCUAUCUAUCUAUCAUAUAUCCUAUCUAUCUAUAUCUGUUCAUUAUCUAUCUAUCUAUCUAUCUAUCUCAUCUAUCUUCUGGAUCUAUCUAUCAAUAUAUCUAUCUUAUCUGUUCAUUAUCUAUCUAUCUAUCUAUCUAUCUCAGUCUUCAUUAUCUAUCUAUCAAUAUAUCUAUCUAUCUUAUCUGUUCAUUAUCUAUCUAUCUAUCUAUCUAUCUAUCUCAGUCUGUUCAUUAUCUAUCUAUCAAUCUAUCUAUCUAUCUUAGUCUAUUCAUUAUCAAUCUAUCUAGAUAUUUAUCUGAGUCUGUUCAUUAUCUAUCUAUCUAUCUAUCUAUCUAUCUAUCUCAGUCUGUUCAUUAUCUAUCUAUCAAUCUAUCUAUCUAUCUUAGUCUAUUCAUUAUCAAUCUAUCUAGAUAUUUAUCUCAGUCUGUUCAUUAUCUAUCUAUCUAUCUAUCUAUCUAUCUAUCUCAGUCUUUUCAUUAUCUAUCUAUCUAUCUAUCACAGUCUAAUCAUUAUCUAUCUAUCUAG